UAUGUUUGCAAUUUAUCGGCAUGUUGUUCUGUUCAUCCUCAGGUCGUUUCUUUUUCUAUUUUUUUUUCUUCGUGGACUAUCAGUUGGCUUGUAAUAUUGGAUUAUUGUGACAAAAGUGUUCCAAAUUAUGUUCUUGGAUGAUUGAAAAAUUGGGUUGAGACUAUGGGACCAGGGUUGGAUCUGAGAAAGGUGUCGAUCAAUGAUGGAAGAGCCAGCCUUGGCUAAGUCCGAAGCUUCUCAGCGUUUUGAAGUCGGCGAAGAAGACCUCAGCCCGCCUGAAUUCAAUGAUGAAGAUUUGAAGGAAUAUAGCAAACGCAUUGGAAUAGACUGGGAAACUGAACAACACUUGGCACAUAUCGCUGUUGAAGGGUUGUCUAGUCGGUUACCCACGGGUUGGAAGCCAUGCUUUGACACGGAAAGGGAUCGCUGGUUCUAUUUCAACGCGUCCUGCGGAACGUCGCAGUGGGAACAUCCGUUGGACUCGCAUUUUCGCCGACUUGUGCAAGAAGCUCGCGAAGGCCGCGUUGUUGUUGGAGGGCUCAAAGACACGAGUGUUUCGACAUCUAGUCAGGUCGACACUUGCUUCGACGUGAACGAAAUUGACGAAGCGGAUUCUGUCAUAGUCGACGUUGCGGAAUCGUCAGAAGAGGUGUGUAGGAUCAUGUGUGUCAUCCGAACAACGCUUUGA